AUGGAUGAGUUCCUCCACGCGCCAUGCGGCCCGGACCCCAGCUCCCCGACAUCCAAAAUGGCGCCGACCUCGCCAGCAUCUACAUGCUCCACUGCCGACACGACUACACUGGCAGACAUAGGAGCAGAACUGAAACGCAUGGCAAAGAAGAUGGUCACAAAAGAUGACCUCACCCACCUGACUAACAACAUAUAUGAAGCAAUUAAAUCUGAAGUGAACGGCCUGAAGGCCGAAAUUAAAGCACAGGAACACCGCAUACAGCAGGUGGAAAAAAGGGCACAGACCACUGAAGACCACUCUACAGCCACAGACACGGCCCUCAAACGCCAGGGCACCCUCAUACUGGCCAUGAGGCGACAGCUAGAAGACCAGGACAACCGCAGUCGUCGCAACAAUAUCAGGGUAAGGGGGAUACCUGAAUCUCCAUUACUACUAUUUCUUGUAUGGGAGAUUAAUUUAGGGGGAGGGGAGAGGAGGUUCAUAGGGUAUGACACUAAAUUGUAUACAGAGACUGAACACUAAUUUUUUGUGUCCGGAUAUCCCAGUGAUGUAAUCUGUAAUUGUGAGACCAGAGAUUGUUUCUUUAUAGUACGACUAUUGUGAGUCACAUAUCUUAAAUGGCUAGACUAUGCAACAUCACUCUGUGUCACUGACCAAGCCCCUCCCCCCCACGUCAAAGGGACCGACAUACAUAGAUAACACGCUUCCAAAGAGGUCCAUACACUCACAAUUCCCCCACACAGACGACACACUGACGUCGAGAAGAUACUAAGCAAACGACCAUCCCACCACCCCCUAGAGGAACAAAAGGUACGGGGGAAGGGACAAGAGGACAUAGAGGAGAGAGGGGGGAAAGAAGGGGGAGAAAAAAGGGAAAAAAAAAAAAAUAUAUAUAUAUACCCACAUGUCCCAGAUGAAACAACCCAGACAUAAUGAGUAGAAGACCCACAAUGCACACACCCUGAAGAGAUAUCCUCAAGCCCCCACUUUGACUACACGCAAAUUACCCUUACGGUACUUCCCCCCACCUGAUACCGACGACACCGAAAAGGCGCAACAAACAGGCAUAGUGCUGAUAACACAAUGGACACACAUCAAUGGCAUUAGUGAUGACUAUACAACACCUCUACUACAGUGGACGGACGCUACAACCCCAAAACGGAUAUACACUACACAAAUAACAGAUUCUUCCGACGAUACACAACCCUUCUCAAGUAUCAACUCCACAACCAACACCGCACAUACCACACAGGCACCACAGCCUAAACAGAUAGGGGCCCAGACACGCUACCCACCCCUUUCGGUGCGCACGCUUAAUACUACGGAGGCCGACUGGUACACCACCGGGAUAAAACCCGGGGUGCCCCCCCGACCGACACCGUAG